UGUCUCUCGCUCCGUCUCUCGCUCUGCUCUCAUUCCUUUGUGCUUGUUCUUUUUUUAACCUUUCCCUCUCUCUCUCUCUCUCUCUCUCUCUCUGUCUGUCUGUCUGCUGUGUGUGUGUGUGUGUGGAAAACAGACGCCCAUGUGAGCAGCAGCAGCAGCAGCAGCGGUGGUCCUGAGCGACAGCGAGUGCACCCGAGAGAGAAAUCUCCACGGCACCGUUCAAGCGUUCUGCUGCAGCUCUGGCGACGGGCAUGUGAGAAGAUGUCCGUGGGAGGCUGCGCGUGUCCCGGCUGUUCCUCCAAGUCAUUCAAGCUGUACUCCCCAAAGGAGCCCCCCAACGGAAGUGCUUUCCCCCCCUUCCACCCCGGCACCAUGCUGGACAGAGACGUCGGCCCGACGCCCAUGUACCCCCCCACAUACCUGGAGCCAGGCAUCGGGAGACAUACACCUUAUGGAAAUCAGACCGACUACAGGAUAUUUGAACUAAACAAGCGGCUCCAGAACUGGACAGAGGAGUGUGAUAAUCUGUGGUGGGACGCUUUCACUACUGAAUUCUUUGAAGACGACGCAAUGCUCACCAUCACUUUCUGUCUGGAGGAUGGCCCUAAACGAUACACGAUUGGUCGGACGCUGAUUCCCCGUUAUUUCAGGAGUGUGUUUGAGGGCGGCGCCAACGAGCUGUACUACAUCCUGAAACACCCAAAAGAGUCUUUCCACAACAAUUUUGUGUCUCUUGACUGUGAUCAGUGCACGAUGGUCACACAGAACGGCAAACCCAUGUUCACACAGGUGUGUGUGGAAGGCCGUUUGUACCUGGAGUUCAUGUUUGAUGACAUGAUGAGGAUAAAGACGUGGCAUUUCAGCAUCCGGCAGCACAGAGAGCUCAUUCCCCGCAGCAUCCUGGCCAUGCAUGCUCAGGACCCACAAAUGUUGGAUCAACUGUCCAAAAACAUCACCAGAUGUGGCCUGUCCAACUCCACCCUCAACUACCUCCGAUUGUGUGUGAUCCUGGAGCCCAUGCAGGAGCUGAUGUCCAGACACAAGACGUACAGUCUGAGUCCCAGAGACUGUCUGAAGACCUGCCUGUUCCAGAAGUGGCAGAGGAUGGUCGCUCCACCAGGUCAGAAAUCAGGCUUGUAUAGUUUGCUGUUCUUUUUGCAGCUGGUGUGGUUUCUUUUAAGCUUGUCUGUGUGUCUCUCUGCAGCUGAACCAGCCAGACAGGCACCGAGUAAACGGCGGAAGCGUAAGAUGUCUGGUGGCAGCACCAUGAGCGCAGGCGGCGGCACUAAUAAUAACAGCAACAACAAAAAGAAAAGCCCAGCAAACAGUUUCCCGCUGUCCAGUCAAGUUCCUGAUGUGAUGGUGGUGGGAGAGCCCACUCUGAUGGGGGGAGAGUUUGGUGACGAGGACGAGCGUCUGAUAACGCGACUGGAGAACACGCAGUUUGACGCAGCCAAUGGCAUCGAUGACGAGGACAGCUUUAACAACUCACCCGCACUUGGCGCCAACAGCCCCUGGAACAACAAACCGCCAUCUAGUCAAGAGGGCAAGAACGACAACUCCACUUCACAAGCGUCUCAGUGAGACUCAGGGCGAGGCUGAGGACAGCCAAUGGGAGCAUUGGGUAUCAAACAGGAAGAGAUUGCAGCUAUGCAGUCAAGGGUCGAUUCAUUCAUCUACCUGCAGGAUGGCGCCCAGCACUGGACUUCCUGUGUCAGAGGAAACCGACACCAGAGAGGACCAGAGAUGAGCACCACACCACAACACAAACCGCUUCAUCAACACACACACACACACAGGACUGAUGAAGAGUAAAUCUCAUAAACCUUUCCAGCUCAUAUUUCACCCCACAAUCAAAACUGUUUUACAGUUAAAAAUGACUGAGAAUCACCAUUCUGAAUAAUAAGUACUACAAACUCAAAAGUCAAACGUCCAGGGGUGAUUCUCACGAAACCUGUCAAGAAAAUAUCCUGGUCAUAUUUUACCCCAAAUCCCAAAAUAAAUAGAAGAAGAAAAAAGAAAUUAUAUUUGAAUAUAUUCUGCAUAUAUUUGCGUUGUGACAUUGUUUUCAGGACACUUUAGCAUAUUUAACCCCUCAAUUCUCAUUACCGUAACAUGUCUGGAUGUUUUUCUUUUAAUAUUCCUGUUGUUUUCAAUGAUGAUUCUCAUUACUGGAAUAGUCUUUUUUUUUUUACUGUAUUACAGUACAGAAGAUGCUGUCAUACAAGCAUAUCAGAAAAAUGAAAGUCAGUAUAAAGGGAGUCCUAAUAUGAUGUGUAAAUACAUAUUUUUUCAUGUUACGGUAAUGAGAAUUUCAGAAUCAUCUUUUUUCACAUCGUGUUAAUGAAAAUGUAAUAAUGACCAUGUUUUUUCCUCAUAGUAUUGAGAAUUUCAUAACGAACAUCUUUUUCACAUUACGAUAAGGAGAAUUUCACAAUGAUCAUCUAUUUUGCAUUACAGUAAUGAGAAUUUCAUAAUGAUUUUUUUUAAAGUACGGUAAUGACAGUUUCAUAACGAUGAUCAUCUUUUUUGCAUUAUGGUAAUGAGAAUUUCAUAAUGAACAUAUCUUUUUCACAUUACUCCAAUGAGAAUUUCACAAUGAUCAUCUUUUUUGCGUUGCGGUAAUGAGAAUUUCAUAAUGAACUCUUUCACAUUAUGGUAUUGAGAAUUUCAUAAUGAACCUCUUUUUUCACAUUACGGUAAUGAGAAUUGAAUGUGCAAAACUGAAACAUAAUGAAAAUAAUGUCACAAUGUAAAAAAUCAUAAUGGCCCUAAAAAUAGGCUUCAUUUGGAAGAUGCCAAAAAUAGUUGGUUUUGUUUGAUUUUUUUGUAAAAUAGGACCAGGAAAUUUUUCUGACAGGUUUCAUGAGAAUCCCCCCAAGACACAUUACGUUAAUGUGAAUGUGGGGGAAAAUGUGCGUUAUUGUCAUGAAAAUAAUAUCACAAUGCACAUGCUGUUUAAUGUCCUGGAAGAGUUCACAUGGAGCGUUUACACUCGAACGCAUUUUGAAGAAUUUUAACCGUGUUUUAUACCAGCCUCUAUUUCCCUAGAAUGUUUUUAUUAGAUUUUACCGAUGUUGAAAGCUGCAAACCAAGGAGUAACUGGGCCGUCGCGGUCCUUAAAGAUUUCAACCCUCAAAUUCUAUUGGUUUGUAUUAUUUUUUAAAGACAGUCAUUUAGUGUGGGCUUCUGAUUGAUUUUUGUGUACUUGUGCUUGUAUAUUUAAGGUAGUAGCAGAGUUCUGUAUAACUGUAUUGAGAUGUAUUCCUCUUUAGAAUUACAUAAAGCCAUUCUGAUCUAAUGUGUAAAAACAACGAAAAAAACAUGAAAGAGAAAAACACAUGAACCUCGUCUUUACCCCUCUUAAUUAUAAUAAUUAUUUUUUUAAUUUGUGUAAAACUGAUUGAUUAAAAUCAAGGGCACAGUCUUCAUGUUUGUCGCUUGAUUGAUUUAAAUGAGUUUUUAUGGGGUUUAUUCCGUUUCUUAUACAAAAAAUGCUUUAAAUUCAGUGUUGGACAUCUGUUUUUGUCUGUCUCUUGGUUUUAUUUUGUGAAGGGAGACAAACUGGACAACUAGUCAUGUUUUUUUCCACCCAAUACUGCUGAAGUCUGUUAACGAUUUUUGUACUGUUUGAUUUUUAUUUUUCCUGAGUUCAUUUGAAUAAAUUUAAGGUCUGCACUUGUAAUUGAAACACAGUGGUGACCUUUUCCUCUUUUAGUCUUGUAGAUGUCCCUGUUUGAUAACUUUUGUUUAUUCUUAAUUUCUGCCCUUGAUUAAAUUAAUGUAUGGAACCAAUAAAAUAUUGAAUUGACACUUAAA